AUGAGAGACAACAGCAUCCGCCUCAAUCUUGUUCUCGGAAGUGUUCUUGAGGGCAGGGCCCUCAAGACCCUUACUGACAUUGCCAAAGCCUCCGCCGAGCCUGACGCAUUAUGGGAUCAGCUUCAGACGCUCAUUGCUUCCAGGAGACGUCUUGACAUGACCAAGACGGAGCUCAGUAACCUCGGAAUCGAGGAUACUGAGCUCACAGACAUUGACAGGAACAUUGGAGACCUGAACAAAACAAUCGUGGAGCUCGGCAAACAAUACGCGCAGAAAAAGUUGGAAGCCGAGAACCAGAUUCGGGAUCUGCAGUCCAAGAUCUCCUCAGUCCAUGCCGAUGUUGAAAGUCCGAUCGACUAUGUCCAGACCGCGAUCAAGCAAAUGCCCCUUGCGGCAGACACUCUCAAUCUAGAUGUUCAGUAUUUCAGUCUGGACAGCAAUAAGCAGGAUGCCUUCACGUUCGUACAGCAAGUUGGAGACUACGUGGCUUCAACCUUCAGUUGGCUGGGCCAGGAGGUCGCGACACAAAUCAGCCACGCUGCGUCGACUCAGGUCAGCAGCCAGACCAGCAAGCACACGAUUAUCGGCACCCUGGUGAUUACCGCGUCCUGCAGCCAUAAGACCUCGAAGGUCCUGGCGCCUCUUGUCAUUGACGUCAACAAGGCCAUCGGGGUUUGGAACACCCUAUUCCCCGACGACAGCAUUCCGUCGACGAGCAUGUCGCUGGAGGAUGCGUAUCACCUGAUCAAGAAGGCCUCUGCAAACACGGAUGGCAAAGAAAAUAACAAGUUCACCAUCAUUUCGGGCAUGACCAUGGGUUCCUGCUUCGUGGGCAUGGUCCACAUCCUCAACACUAGCAGUACCGCGGCUCAGGAGAUCAUGCAAGAUGUCAAGCAGACGCUACAAGUACAGGCGCAGAUGGAUGCAGCUUCAUGGUUCGCUAAAAUGUCCGGUGGGUUUGGCGCGGAUUUCAAUCUCGCUGAGAGCGUCAAGAGUCUCUUCAGCACUCAGAAUAUUCAGUCUCAUGUUACUCUUGCCUGCCUGGGUGUUAUCCCAUCGAUCGUGUCGAACGAGGUUCAGCUGAGCGUUGAGGGUUUUUCCAAGUUCGAUCCGGCGAGUAGCAUGGAGGCCCUGAGUAUUCUCGACAGCAGUACUGCUGCUCAAGCAGACUCGAUUAAGGGUGCAGCCGAGGCCGCUCGUAAGGGCCAAGAGAUGGUCACACUGAAAACCAGCACAAUGAAGGCUGCUCUGACGGCUCUGGGAGAGAUAGAUGACGGCCGUAACAAGGUCCUCGACAUAAACUCUAUGAUGACUGCCUUCGAAGACUACCUCCGCAAGGUCGCGGAAGGUGAUUCUGGCAUUCCUGUCAACUACUACACCAAGGACUACACCAAGGAUGUCAUCCUUAAGAUGUGA